UUAGAAGCAUUACGCUGAACGAAUAUAAUAAUGUAUCCGUAGAUACGAUUUAGGAAAAUUGAACGGAGGAAACGGCCCGAGUGACGUGAGCAAGAUGGCGCUUUUGAUUAGAGGAAGAAAUUUGUCCUGCACGCAGAGUGGCAUACGUACGUAUGCACUAAUGGAAAUAUUCAAAGUCACUGUGCUGUUAUCUCAAUGUGGCUUGUGAACGUGUAAAUGUAUAUACACAUAUGAUAUAUAUAUAUAUAUAUGUAUGCAGAUGUAUUCAUUUCAAUAUAUAGACGCAGGGUACAUGGAUGCUGCGUCCAUGGCGUUGCAUAACGUUCAAGGUGAAACUCCCUGUACCCCUCUGUCAACGUUCACAGCAGGGUCGAUUGGCGGUACCAGCCAAUUAGUAUCGCUGUUAAUUCAAUCAGAGUGACUGACUGAUAGUCUAUUUGGGAUAUGAAGAUAACAAUACAGGUAGACGGAGGGAGACAAUUCUGAAGACUUUGGUAUCUCGAGCAUGAAAACGUGACUGGGAUGAUUUUUACCAGUGGAUGCGAUUAAAUUAGAAAAUAUCGACUGGCACUUUCUCCUCUAUACAUGAAAUCGGUGCUGCUACGCGUAGAUUGGUUGAACGAUAAUGAUUGAAUUGGAGCGUUUAAAUACAGCAACCGAUGACAUCAACAAACUGGAAGUAGAUUUAGAUGAAGCAAGAGCAACCUUUCGAGAGCUACUUUGCGAAUCAACAUUGAAGAUAGAUAGUCUUGCUAAGAAGCUUGGCAAUUGUAUUGAAAGGUCACGACCCUACUAUGAUGCAAGGUUUAAGGCUAAAGAGGCUUUACAAGAGACACAGAAAGCUGCAAUACGUUUCGAACGUGCCAAUAGUCAGCUUGCAGCUGCGAAAGAGAUGGUUUACCUUGCAGAAGAUGGUCUACGUACUGAAGGCAGAUGCUUCGAUCAUGCCUGGCAGGAAAUGCUCAAUCAUGCAACUUCCAGGGUGAAUGAAUCAGAGCAUGAAAGAGCCAUCUCUGAAGCAGCACAUAGACAAACUACAGCUCUCUAUCAUAAAGCUGAACACAAUGUUCAAAGACUACAACGUGACUUAAAACGUGCCAUUGCAAAGUCCAGUAUGGGUGCACGUCGCAGUUUGCUUCUGAUAAACAGUAUCGCCUACAGGCACGACUUGCUCAUGUUGCCCUACUACGAAAUGAAGGCUCACUUCAAUCAGAGGUUGGAUGAACAGAAACUCAGAGUAAGUGCUCUUGAGAGGAGUGUCGGAGAAGCUAAGAUGACCUAUGCCGAAGCAUUGCGAAACCUGGAGCGAAUAAGCGACGAGAUUCACAGAACGAGGCGUUACGACGACUUUAUGAAACAAGGCGACAUGGACCGCUCCUUCACUCAGACAAAUACAGCCACGCCGACCGGAUCCAGUAUUACUGGCUCACCAGAUAGUACAGAUUACACUAGCGACGAGUACCUGAGACUACCUGAAAAGAUUGGUCCAGAACCACCAUGUCCAAUUCCUACCAGAGUGGAACGAAAACCAUCCACGGAGUACCUGGGAUUGAGUAAUCUCAAUCUUUCAUCCACAGAGCCACGAAAAUAUAUAAAACGUGAUCGUCCACGAAGCAUUGCCACCAUGGAAACAAAACAUAUCUCACCGCUUCAGAAGGAAUCAAGUAAUUCUACUCCACGUCUGGGCGAUGUCACCACUGAAAUUUCCCCUAUGGAGAAGAGGGUGACGAUCCGAUCGCCCGUGGAGGAUCAGGAGGAGAAGAAGAACGCAGCCAAUCAAAAUGGAGACGAGUGGACGGAAAUCAGUCUAAAUAAUUCACCAGAUGAAAUUUAUUAUAAUACCGAUGUAUAUUCUGACGAGGAUGAUCAGAUUCCUUACAAACCGUUACCUAUGGAUUUAAGUCCUGAAAUUCUAAACGGCAGUAAUGUUCAGCCACUACAAGAAACCAACUGUCAGAAAAAAUUAACCCACCAGCAGUCCCUACCAGUUCUGUCCCGUAUCAAUGACGUCACUCUGAGCGAGGAGAGGAAAGCAGAAGUGACCAGGAGUCCCUCAAUAAAAAAUAAAAGCAAGUUAGACACUAGUUUGGUAAACUGGAUCUCGCGUAGUUCGGCUGCUGGAGAACCCAGUUGCGGAAGCUCGACAAAUUCCAGUAGGAGGCAAUCUCUGGAUAUGCUCUGGGGCGAAGGUACAGGGGAGCGUGUCAAGGAACUACUGAAUCAUGGAAUGAUGAUGUUAAACAUAUCAAGUUUAACGGAAAGACGUGGAAGCGAGCCAAGAAGUGUCGACAAGGAUAAGGAAAAGGUGGACAAGGCUGAAAAGGCUGAAUACAAGGGUAAGAAAGUUCCAAGUCCACUGGAGAAGACGAUGAGCUACUUAAAUCCUGAUGAGGAAACAUCAGACAACGAAAGUCUAGCCAGUGUGGAGAUGCUCACCGAGGAUCAAAUAUCUUCCCUAAUGAUGGAGCCAGACAUGAAUCAAGUAUGCCAAGAGAUCCUCGGCACACCAUUGGUUGAAGUGUGUCCCCUUCUACAGCAACUACAACAACAACAAUAACAUUCUGUACCAUAGCGUUUUUGGUCUGAACUGGAAGCAGCCAGUAAACAAUGGAAAGUGUUCAAAACAUAACUACACAAUAGAUUAUAAUUAACAAUCUAGAUUUCGUUCAUCUUGCGCAUCGCCAAUCUUUACUCAAAAACGCCGCGUGCGUUUUACAAAGUUAUUUAUUAUCGAUCUUUUAUCGUUUUCGCCAACCACUAUAUCACAGAGAUUCAAAUCUUAUUUACCGUGUCAUUAUGCUGCUUCACACUCUAAUAUCGGCCUCGUUAUUUACCUGAAUGGUUGCUCCAGAUGAAAUGCGCGUCAUAGGCUGAUCCUUGUACUGAUGGCAUGUAAAGUCGAUGACGCGUAGCCAAGCCUAACGUCACAUUAACGUUGCUAUAAAUCGAGACUUAAGGUCACAAGAUCAUACCACGACCUAGAUGCUUCUAACUAAUGUGACUAGUACGUAGAAAAAUUCGAUUCGUCAAAGGAAGCAAUACGUAGUUUAUUCUAGAUAAUGAGAUAUGACAGAGAAAAUAACGUUUCUUGAUAAACAUUCAAAUUACGUCGACUUUUUAAAAUCCUUUCAUCAAUUUCAAAAUGACGUUACAGCCAAAUGGUGGCUGCGAAUCAGUCACUAUAAAUAUUAGUUCCUAAAUGAAUGACACAAAAAUAAGUAACACGAUGACGACAGUUUCAAAGUGAAAAAUUAGAAGAGACGAAAAAUCGAAAAAAAGAAAGAAAGAAAAGAAUCAGAUAAAUCUCGCCUGCUCUAUUUUUUAUUGAGCAUCUUUGUUGUCUUUUUUUUUAACGCCAAGAUUUUUUACCGUUGCCUCCAUAGCAUAUAGGACAAUGACGUAGGUUUCAUAUAGUUAAAUAAUAUCAAAUCAAUUUGGUACUUCUGCGUUACCUGCACGCACUGUAUCCAUUAAUCAUACGUUAUUAACUGCACGUUAAUACGGCUUCGAUCGUUGCACAGAUUGAUUAGGAUUAAUUAAACGAUUAUCGCCUUAGAUACGAAGCGCGCUGAAUCGUAAUUCUUUACUGAUAGAGAGAGAGAGAGAAAAAACUAUGGAAAUUAUCGAUGGAAUCGUCGCUGGGACGAUGAGAAAAUCGUUAAUUUCCAUUCUCUUUUAUCAUUCAAUUUCGAUUCUGUACCUUUAAAUCUAUAGCGUUUACUAGUUUAAAAGUAUCUUCAGGAAAUCGACUUAGAUGAUUCGAAUAAACCGCCAUUCAACAGGCGGAUGUUAGUACUAGAAUUUAAGUAGGAUUUGGGCGAUCCAGUUUUUAUGUAAUUAUAAUCGCCAUCCGACAUCAGCCAAUUCCUAGGUUGAUACAUCCGCAACCCACAUGAAAAUCUUUUUGUCAUGAAUGAAAUCUGAUGCCGGAUGACUAUUAUAUUUAUAUUUAUCUGUAACUACUAUUGGUAUGUAGUACUUAUGAUACUAUUGCUCUACUAUUUGCUGCUACUGUCUCUAUCGUUAUCAUGAUUGUCGCUGGGGAAGUUCUGCAGGUUCGGAUGUGCGGAUGCUACUUGAACAUUCUCCACUGUCAGGAAGAAUUCCAAUUAUAAUAGACUGGUUCGCCCUGCAGGUGCGCCUACUAUGCGAAGGGUGCAUGCAAUACAUUAUAUAUAUAGAGUAAUAUAUAUUAUUUAUUUAUGAGAAAUCAAUAGAAUCUUUUGCCAGUGUGGAUUCUGGUAAAUUGUAUCGAGUGGAGUGAGAUUUUUCGUUGUUAACAGAAAGCUUUGAGUUAUAAAAGUUACGGGAAGCACGUGAAUUAAUAUUUAUUUAUGAUAGUUAUAUAAUUAUUUAAUUAAUUUGUUGGUCAAACGUAUGAAAUAUAUUGUACAUUCUACUCGUAAUUGUGCCGCUCACCGUGAGGUUCUUUAGCUUUAUUAAUUAAUACGAGAAUAAAUAGCUAAUUACCGAGCCGAGAGAUAAACGCGAACGAUUAAGGAUUGUUUACCUUAUUCUUCCAUUUUAAGAGGCUGAGAUUCUCUUUCGUAAGACUCUGAAUGUCAAUUACGAUAUCGACAUGAUAUAAGGAUUUUGUUCGUUGGUCUCCGGCCGGAAAGGAGAAGUAAGGAUUGAAUUUUGAAAAUUAUCGAAUUGUGGAGCUAAUGAGAGAUAGAUUAAUUAGAGAUGCGCUAUUAGUUCAGGAGUACAUAUUGUGAAUGUAUAAUAUUGUAUAUCUGACUGUAAUUAUAUGUAUAUAACGGCGUAUUAAUUAGAGCGUCACUGGAAAGGCGAAUCAAAGUAAAAAGUAAAAUAAAAUGGAAAAAAGAAUA